AUGUCUGCCGUCCGACAGCUCGCCCGUACCGCCCCGCGCUUCGCUGCGCAGCUGCGCGCUCCCGCCCAGCGUCGUCUUGCCAGCACCGCCACCGAGAACGCCUUCGUCAAGGAGCGCCAGCACAUCAAGGAGCACGCCGCCGGCACCUCUGACCUCUGGCGAAAGAUCUCCGUCUUCGGAGUCGCUCCCUGCCUGCUCCUCGCCGGCGCCAACGCCUACUGGCUCUGGAACGAGCACUGGGACCACUGGAACCACAUGCCUCCUCUGGAGGAGCGCACCGAGUACUCGUACCAGAACAUCCGUUCCAAGAACUACCAGUGGGGCGACGGCGACAAGACCCUUUUCUGGAACGAGAGCGUCAACUACCACAACCCCAACAAGGUUGCCUAA